CUCUUUCUUGAGCCAUACUCCCUCCGUCCGGGAAAAGUUGUCCCUGACGACAUUUUGCGAAAAUCACCUCCCCUUUCUCCCGAAAAACUAUGCAGCUCUCCCUCCGUCUGCUUCUCUGCUCCGUCGCCUCGCCACGCGUCAGCCGCCUGCUCCGUCGCCUCGCCACAUGUCGGCCGCCUUCUCCCCCUCGUCUCGCCGCUUCUCUGCGUCCGCACUAGGAGAUCAAGAGGGAAGGGAUCCCCUUUUCUGUAAAGCUCGUGCCUUGCCGGUUGCGUCGGUGGCGCUCGAUGACCCGCUCCUCGUCCUCGAGCACCCCCUCCAGACCUCGAGCUCCGGCGGCGGCGCUCGAUGGCCCGCUCCUCGUCCUUGAGCACCUCCUCCAGACCUCGAGCUCCGGCGGCGGUGGCAUGGGAAAGACGACCAGGGCAUGGGGAAGACGAAGACUUGCUCCAGCAGCUCGUCUUGCUCCUCGAGCUGGUGGGCUGAUGAUGGAGGACCUGCACUCUUGGCUCCACCAGCGCCGCCGCUGCCGCUUCUGCUUCUGCUCCCCGCUCGCCCACAACGCAGAGAUUGGAGGAGGAAUGGAGUAUUGCAGAGGAAUGGAUGCUGCUUCUUUUGGUGCAGGUUUGCAUGUGAAGACCUUCACCCUGCGCUCAUCAUAGUAAGAAUCUUGGAAAGUUGGAAGGCCUAUCUGCAUGAAGAAAAAGUACAAGUGAAUGCCCACCAUUUUGAAAGCUUUUCCUCCUGUGGGUGCUCUGACAGCUCAAAAAAAAGUGAUGACAUAUUAAAUUCCUGAAUAAUGUUCUUUUAUCUUGAGGAAAUUGACAGCAACAGUAGAUCAGAAAUUGCUUCUACUCUAGAGUACUCUCACCGGCAGCAUGAUCAAUUGUGUUUGAAAUUAAUGAACAAGUGCAAGGAUCAGAAAAUUGGAGCUUCUUCUCACCGGCAGCAUGAUCAAUUGUGUUUGAAAUUAAUGAACACAGGUGCAAGGAUCAGAAAU